UGACAUUUUUAAACCAGCCCCUUUCCUGGCUCUCUCUUUCUUUUCUUUUUCGGAUCUUAGUGGGAGGGAAUCAGCCAGCUCUGGAGAGGGAAGAGAUGGUGGAGAUCAUGGUAAACUAACAUUUGGUAGAACAAGUGGCUUCAAAAAGAACAGCAGUGAAACCAGAGCAGCUGAGGAAGAGCAGGAAGACGUCCGAGGUGUGCUGAAGAGGCGAGUGGAAACCCGGGAACACACAGAGGAGAGCCUAAGGCAACAGGAAGCUGAGCAACUUGAUUUCCGUGACAUUUUAGGCAAGAAAGUCAGCACCAAAAGUUUUUCUGAGGAGGAACUGAAAGAAAUACCAGCCGAGCAAAUGGACUUCCGAGCAAACCUGCAGCGGCAGGUCAAACCCAAGACCUUGUCAGAGGAGGAAAGGAAAGUUCAUGCACCUCAGCAGGUGGACUUUCGUUCUGUGCUGGCCAAGAAAGGCACCCCAAAAGCCCCAUUGCCAGAGAAGGUGCCACCUCCCAAACCAGCUGUUACAGAUUUCAGAUCUGUGCUAGGCUCAAAGAAAAAGCCACCUGCAGAGAAUGGCAGCGCUAGCACCCCAGCACCAAAUGCCCGCACUAAUUCUGAAGCCCAGAAUGCGACCCCCAAUUCUCAAGUCCCUGUUGCCAAACCAGCAGUGAAAAAAGAAGAGAAGAAUGACAGAAACUGUGAACAUGGGUGUGCAGUGGUGGAUGGAGGAAUAAUUGGGCAAAAAGCUGAAAACAAAGCAACAGCAAGCAAACCACCAGCAAGCAAAGGAACAGCACCCUCCUUUACCCAGAAGCUUCAGGAUGUUCAAGUAGUAGAUGGUGAAAAAUUGGUCUUACAAUGUCGGAUUUCCUCUGAUCCCCCUGCAGCUGUCAGCUGGACUCUAGACAGCAAAACCAUCAAAUCAUCAAAGUCCAUUGUCAUCUCCCAAGAAGGGACACUGUGUUCACUUACUAUUGAGAAGGCCAUGCCUGAAGAUGGGGGCGAAUACAAGUGCAUAGCUGAGAAUGCAGCAGGAAAAGCUGAAUGUGCUUGCAAAGUGCUGGUAGAAGAUGCCUCAUCCACAAAGACCUCAAAGAUUACUGAGAAGAAGAACAAGAAGCCUAAGACCACGCUUCCCCCUGUGCUGCCAACAGAGAGUGAAGCAACAGUGAAGAAGAAACCGGCUCCAAAGACUCCUCCAAAAGCAGCUGCUCCUCCUCAGAUUACUCAGUUCCCAGAAGACAGAAAAGUCCGUGCGGGUGAAUCAGUGGAACUGUUUGCCAAGGUGGUAGGAACAGCACCCAUUACUUGCACCUGGAUGAAAUUCCGUAAGCAGAUUGAAGAAAAUGAAUAUAUUAAAAUUGAGAAUGCUGAAAACAGCAGCAAGCUAACAAUAUCAUCAACAAAGCAGGAACACUGUGGAUGUUACACCCUAGUCGUAGAGAACAAACUUGGCAGCAGACAAGCACAAGUCAACCUUACAGUUGUUGAUAAACCAGACCCACCUGCCGGAACACCUUGCGCAUCGGACAUACGGAGUUCCUCCCUCACUCUCUCGUGGUACGGUUCCUCUUAUGAUGGUGGAAGUGCGGUGCAGUCCUACACUGUGGAGAUCUGGAACUCAGUGGAUAACAAAUGGACAGAUCUCACAACCUGCCGCAGCACCUCUUUCAACGUGCAAGACCUUCAGGCUGACCGGGAGUACAAAUUCCGUGUGCGAGCUGCUAACGUUUAUGGCAUCAGCGAGCCCAGUCAAGAAUCUGACCUGGUAAAAGUUGGAGAGAAACAAGAAGAACUCAAAGAGGAUGAAGCGGAGCUAUCUGAUGAUGAAGGGAAAGAAACAGAGGUCGACUAUCGGACAGUUACUAUCAACACUGAACAAAAAGUUUCAGAUGUCUAUAAUAUUGAAGAAAGACUGGGAUCGGGGAAAUUUGGACAAGUCUUUAGGCUUGUUGAAAAGAAGACUGGAAAAGUUUGGGCAGGAAAGUUUUUCAAAGCAUAUUCUGCUAAGGAAAAAGAAAACAUAAGGGAUGAAAUCAGCAUCAUGAACUGUCUACACCAUCCAAAACUUGUCCAAUGUGUAGAUGCCUUUGAAGAAAAAGCCAACAUCGUUAUGGUCUUGGAAAUGGUUUCUGGAGGAGAACUCUUUGAACGAAUCAUUGAUGAAGACUUUGAACUGACAGAGAGAGAAUGCAUUAAAUAUAUGAAGCAGAUUUCAGAAGGAGUUCAGUACAUCCAUAAGCAGGGUAUUGUCCACUUGGAUUUGAAGCCAGAAAAUAUUAUGUGUGUCAACAAGACCGGUACAAGUAUCAAACUCAUUGACUUUGGACUUGCAAGAAGAUUAGAAAAUGCAGGUUCUCUGAAAGUUCUCUUUGGUACACCUGAGUUUGUGGCUCCAGAAGUUAUAAACUAUGAACCUAUUGGAUAUGAAACAGAUAUGUGGAGUAUAGGAGUUAUCUGCUACAUUUUGGUCAGUGGACUUUCUCCUUUCAUGGGAGACAACGACAACGAAACCCUAGCCAACGUUACCUCCGCAACAUGGGACUUCGACGAUGAGGCUUUUGAUGAAAUCUCUGAUGAUGCCAAGGACUUUAUCAGCAAUCUACUAAAGAAAGAUAUGAAGAGUCGUUUCAAUUGUACUCAAUGUCUUCAGCAUCCUUGGCUGCAAAAAGACACCAAAACCAUGGAAGCCAAAAAACUGUCCAAAGAUAGGAUGAAGAAAUAUAUGGCCAGAAGAAAAUGGCAGAAAACAGGCCAUGCUGUCCGAGCAAUAGGAAGACUGUCGUCCAUGGCAAUGAUUUCUGGUAUGAGUGGGAGGAAGGCCUCUGGGAGCUCACCUACCAGCCCUAUAAAUGCAGACAAAGUAGAGAAUGAAGAUGCUUUCCUUGAAGAAGUGGCUGAAGAAAAGCCCCAUGUAAAGCCAUAUUUUACUAAAACAAUCCUUGACAUAGAGGUUGUGGAAGGAAGUGCUGCUAGAUUUGACUGCAAAAUUGAAGGCUAUCCUGACCCUGAGGUAAUGUGGUACAAAGAUGAUCAGCCUGUCAAGGAGUCUCGUCACUUCCAGAUAGAUUAUGAUGAGGAUGGGAACUGUUCUUUGACUAUUUCUGAAGUAUGUGGGGACGAUGAUGCCAAAUACACCUGCAAAGCUGUUAACAGCCUUGGGGAAGCCACGUGCACCGCAGAACUCCUUGUGGAAACAAUGGCAAAAGAAGGAGAAGAUGAAGAUGAGGAGGAGGAAGAAUGAAACAAGGCUCGAAGAAAAAAAA